GUCACUUUCUUCGGUUGUGGUUGUGUCCCUGCCGCCACCCUGCGCAGGUACGGCCGGCGGCGCGCGGCAGGGUUGUAUAUUCUUAUUGGAACAAUGACUGUUCGAGCCUCUAACAGUAUGUGCAGUAUACUACAGCGCACCUGGCACGUCCAUUACUGCCGGGGCACAAUGACAUCCAGCACACCAUAUUGUCGGUUACACAAGUUCCUGAGUGCAAACAGUCGCCAAGUUUUGCCCAGAAGUUCCAGCAUGCUGCACAUGUGCUCCCAACAUCAAUUGCAAAAAACUUCUACUACCUGCUGGUCGGAAAGAACAAUCGUCCGACAAAGAUCAUGUUUUUCAAGACAGCAGUUUCACAUGCCACAAAACUUUCAGAUAUGCAAUUCAAGUUCACCAAAGAUUCAACGGGUAGCCUGGAUGCCAGUUGUUCUACCACUGCGCUCCAUGCAUCCCCCUGGUCCGGGCCAAGAGAGGAUUAUGAAUGUGUUUGACCGCCGAGCUAAGCGGAGGCAGAAGGACAGGGCGGCAUUAGCCAAGGAUGCCCAUGUGUAUGACUACCUGAAAGAUGAGGUAGCUUUUCGUGUUGCAGACAGAAUAAAAGACAUAACUAGGAAAUUUGAUGUUGCCCUAGACCUAGGAUGUGGAAGGGGCCAUAUAGAAAAACGUAUUAGUAAGAAAGUUGUCAAGAAGCUUUUCAUGACAGACCUUUCAAGGAAUAUGCUGGAGUCAGCCACUGUAGCCGACGGCAUUGAAUGCAUCAAGAUCCACGCAGACGAAGAGUUUCUGCCUUUCCGUGACGACUCCUUGGAUCUUGUCGUUAGCAGUCUGAGCCUACAUUGGGUGAACGACCUUCCAGGUACAUUAAAACAGAUCCUUCGGGCACUGAAGAAUGACGGUGUUUUCAUCGGUUCCAUCUUUGGAAGCGACACGUUGUUUGAGCUCAGAUGCUCCCUCCAACUUGCAGAGCAAGAGAGAGAAGGGGGCUUUGCUCCACACAUCUCCCCUUUCACAGACAUGCAAGAUCUGGGCAAUUUACUGACAAGAGCUGGAUUCAACAUGCUGACAAUUGAUAUCGAUGAGGUCACGGUGAACUACCCCUCCAUGCUGGAGCUGAUGCAGGAUCUGAAGGGCAUGGGAGAAAGCAAUGCAUCAUGGUCCCGGAAGAGCGUGCUGCACCGCGGCACGCAAACAGCAGCUGCUGCCAUCUACAAAGACAUGUACGGCAAUGAGGAUGGCUCAGUGCCAGCAACAUUUCAAAUACUCUACAUGAUCGGUUGGAAACCAGACGCAUCGCAGCCGAAACCAGCGAAACGAGGCUCAGCAACAGUAUCCCUCAAAGAUUUGGACAAAGUGCCGAAAAGUAGCACGUGAUGACGAAUCAUCGUGCACCCAAUACAUAUGAGAAGUGCCGUCUGAAGUGCCGACGUUUUUACACUGGCAUCCGAUAAGAUUCCCUCCCCUAUUUGGUCAAUCUAUUCAUCAAAAACUGACAAAAGUCGGCAGGUCUUAAACUGUGGGACGAUGGAACGCAGGACACUCACUUAGCGCACCCAUAAGAAAAAAACAAAAACCCACCUCCCGAAAGAGGUUUUGUGGCUACAAGUAGGUCAGUACACAUGAUGUGAUGUACAUGUACAUGUGCACCACCAAUCAAAGCCAGCGGAUAAAUCUGGUCGCGGUCUGUGUACCAGUUAUUAGGCGAAACUGAUAAUGAUAUUGAUAAUGACCGAAAGUCUUUGAGCUACUUAGUACAAAACAAAUAUUGCCUUGCUAAUGUGUGUGCUACACAACAAUCAAGAGCUCACCAGUCGGAACCUUCAUGCAUCACCUGACGUAUUGUUAGGUAACCUUUCUUUUUGCAAACAAAUAAUGUUUGUGCUUUACACAUUUAUAUGCUGAACAGCACCAUUUCACAGGCGCUGGGUUAAUUAAAGUGUAUACCUCUUCCUGCAAACGGAGCUAUAAUCUUGAAUGUAUAUUGAAGGAUGAACAUUUCUUUAAACAAUGUGCCUUAUGCACCUUAUGCACGAGUCGGCCAUAUUCAAUUGAAAGCCAUGUAAAAUCUCAAUUUUUGGAACUUGUGAAGACAAAUGAAAGCAAGUUAAUUACUAAUUAAUUCCAGUCUGCUUCCAUAAAACGAUUCAAAGUUUGUAAUGAAACAUCCCCUAAUGUUUAAAGGUAGAUUUUAAAAAAUGGCAGUAAAAUAAGGCUGCAUUAUACCUGCUUUAAUAUUCUGGCGCCAUCCCAUUCAACAGUUAACAAUUAAUGAAAUACAUUCAGGGAACUCGACAAAAAUGGCUAACUCGUGCAUAAGGCCCAUGGUCGUGCCAGCUAACAGUGCUCAUCCGAACUGGCUUUUGGUUCUGAGUCAGUGGCUAUGAUAUCAGAAAGAGACUGUGGGUUUUGCAUUUCAUUUUUUAUUUAAGAAACAUUAUCGUGUUAUGCCGUGCAAAAUGCAUCGAAUGUACCACUGUCGCUCUUGAUUCAAAGCGGGUAUGUUCAAUUAAUAAAGUACCCAGUAUCGUAUAUAAACACGUUGUAAUAUGACUAAUAUAGUCAGUUUUGUUACGACUUCUAAAGAAUUGUUAUACAUACAUGUAGCUUACGUGAUGUGCAAGAUUAUUUUUAAGAAAUACAGGACCUAUGCGAGAAAAAGCCAAGGAGACAUACUAAAUUGUGAUCACGGUUGUAGUCACUCACUAAAAAGUUAACUACCUUUCGAGAUUUUCCUCUAACAUUAUAGAUGUACAAGUUGAUUUUUUGAACCAUAAAAUGGAUAUAGAUGUGCUUCCGAUUACAAAAAAAACCCAAAUAAGUUUAAAUGGUAAAGUACGAUGCCUCUAUCCACUUUGCUUUAACCAAAGAUAGUACCGAUAACCUUUCUAUGGAGUGUGUUAUCUCAGAACCUUGCGCCCUUUUCCCCCUACCCAUUCGGCAAUCACGUAACCCAGGCUUUCAUCAACGUCUUUCUAUGGCCUAUAUAACCUUGAACGUGCAAUCCUCGCAAUGGACAUGCAUGACUUACGGAUCCCUGGCGCAGCUUCCUAUAUGUAAACUAUUAAGAAAUUGACACGGACCGUUGAGUGUGGCGCCGCAUGUUAAUGGGUGCGGUUGAAGAUGGCUGCUCGUUUUCAAGGUUGGUUGUUGAAUGUUUUAUGAACUCCUACGUCCAUUUUUAGAGCUUUAAUUUAGUAAAAUCGGGAAUUGGAAACUGCUGAACCGUGGAUAUUUUGACUCGACUGCAGUCUUAAUGAGCCUGUUAAAAUGCAGGGAAUUAGGCCUAUAGAGGAGGUAGUGGCAGAACGGGGGUACAAUGUGCGGGGGGGGGACUACUUUGGGAAUUUCUUCUUUCUCUCCGAAUAAAAUAAGAGAACAAGGGGGAAAGGACCAGGGGACAAGUACAUGUACCGCGAGUGGGGGGCUUACCCCGCGCCACCCCACCAUCUCAGCUACGCCACUGACAGGAAAAAAUUACGCAUAGGCCUAUGGGUUUCUUGGCAGAACGGGCGUACGAAGAAACAGUUGUCGUGAGGAGACGAGUUUCCAAUCGGGGUCACGCAAGUGGAAGAAUAAGAAACCGGCAAACAAAUGAGAAAAGGAAGAAAGGAAGAUUGCCAUGCACUUUUCCAAGGGUGCAUGAAUGUUAUGACUUAACUUUGCAUAGAUGAAAUACUUAUAGCUGUACUAUUAUGAAGUCCGGUUUUUUUUUCAUAGGAUCUGCAAAAUAACGAACAAAGAAAACCUCAAUAGCCUUGUUUUUCAAACAGCACAUUUACAGUCACACUUGUAACGUCCUUAUAAGCUUGGGUGAAUUGCUUAUGGCAGUGUGUGUUUUGAGGGCAUAACAAACACUCCCUCAACCAAACCAAAUAUUGUUAUUAUAAAGUGGGAAAUAUUGGAAACGUUUUGAGCAGUUGUGUUGACGGCACAUUGUUGAUAGUACACCAUGUGCUUAUGUUAUCGGCGUCCCCCUGUCUGUAUAUUUUUUUCUUCACCCUAUAGUUUUACUAGUUGAAACGUGAGGUGGUGAUGGUACAUGACACCUUACUUUAGUUUGACCAUUGCCAUCUUAACACCAUACCUUACUCGUGCGCCAAGUCCUUCAAUUUAUACAUUAUUACAGUGUUAAUUUACUAUAUAGAACUCCAGAAGAGACAAUUUGUUAACUUUGGUCCAGUUUAUUUUGAUUUUUCGCAUAAUGAAAAUCCUCUUACACGGUAACGCUCGACAGCUUCGUGACUUCUAGAUAAUAUGACUCAUGAGUUUUGUAAGGAGGAUGUUGAGGUUUGUGGAUGACUUUCGCUUUCAAUUUUACAUGAAGGCUUACCAUGUUGGUUCAGUACACGAUACAACAAUAUUUAUACUGAAUUUACAUUCACAAGAUGUGGAAACAUUACACUGCCUUCACAUGUACAGAACACCCUGCGAUAUUGUGCUGAGUUUCAAUCACAUCUUCCUCAUGUUCAGUUGGUCAUCAUUUUUCUUUUCUUUUUCCCAAAUCACAAACUCAGUCAAAACUUUCUGUGACUGAAGUUAUCAGGCAUGCCCUGUGCGCAAUUUGCAACAAUAAAUAAGAAAAAGGAAAAAGAAAUGAUUUUCGAUCACCGUAAAUACGACGUGAUUUUAAUGCAAGACACCUCUGACAUACGUUUGGAUGCGGAGACAAAUCCGGUUCUUAUAGUUGACUUUAUCAUAACGUAAUCGUAAAACGGUAGUACGAGGUUUCCAUCAACUGUUUCGCGCAAAUAUUUGCUUUCACCCGAGUUGUCUGUAAAUGAAGGAAUACUGGUUGGCGGAAGUGGUCGAGCACAUGUGACUUUACAGUGCGCCUGCUCUCUAAAAUACAGUGUGACCGUCUCAAUUUGAACGAUGGUCGAACGUCUUCACUGAACUUCUUCGGUCCUGGUACCCUGAUGUACAUGCGUGGUCAUAGGUAACCAGCGAUCCGAUACUAAGCUAGUCCUGAUUAGUCUACCCUACGCUCCAACCAUUAUUCUCUUGCGUGCGUUCGAUGAAGGUUUAACAGCUUUGCCAAACAAUGGCCAACCAGAGUUUUCGAUCGAACUGACUACUCUUUCUGAAUAUGUGAUUUGAGGCUUCUUAUAUUAUCUGUGAUUUCAAAAUAAAAUUAUGGGAUACAAAACGUUAAUGACA